GAGGAGUGUGUGUCCCCGCCUGUGGCUUCCCCGAACCCAGAUCCUCAUUUGUGCUGGGAGUGGGGCUGAGCCCAGACAGGCAGAGAACCGCUGGGCCACCCGUGCCCCCCAAGAAGGACCUGAAGGUUAUCUCCUUAGCAGAUACUCCUCCAAACUGGGGAUGUAGGGCUUGGAAACUAGAAAAUGCAAGGUUUGAGGGAGAGGAAAGAACAAGCCCAGCAAUACACAGAGCUCUGUGUAUUCAGAGGGAAGUUGGCAGGGCUGUGUUCGGGCAGAGAAACUCCGAGUGGUACAAAGGGACGUGCUCAGAGUGGAGAAAUCAUGCUAAUUGUCUGCACCAGAGCUGGAGAACGCCACCCAAAAUGAAGAGAGAAAGGAGAGCCCUGUCCAGAGUUUCCAGGGCCCUGAGCCUCACUCCUUUGGUCUACCUGCUUCUGAUCCAGCCAGACCCCCUAGAGGGGGUGAACAUCACCAGCCCAGUGCGUUUGAUCCAUGGCACAGUGGGGAAGUCGGCACUGCUUUCCGUGCAGUACAGCAGCACCAGCAGUGACAAACCCGUAGUGAAGUGGCAGCUGAAACGGGACAAGCCGGUGACUGUGGUGCAGUCCCUUGGCACAGAGGUCAUCGGCAACCUGCGCCCUGACUACCGAGACCGCAUCCGGCUCUUUGAAAACGGUUCCCUGCUUCUCAGUGAUCUGCAGCUGGCUGAUGAAGGCACCUAUGAGGUGGAGAUCUCUAUCACUGAUGCCACUUUCACCGGGGAGAAGACCAUCAACCUCACAGUGGAUGUGCCCAUUUCAAGGCCACAGGUGUUAGUGGCUUCAACCACAGUGCUGGAGCUCAGCGAGGCCUUCACUCUGAACUGCUCCCAUGAGAAUGGCACCAAGCCCAGCUACACCUGGCUGAAGGAUGGCAAACCCCUCCUCAAUGACUCGCGAAUGCUCCUGUCCCCUGACCAAAAGGUGCUCACUAUCACCCGCGUGCUCAUGGAGGAUGACGACCUGUACAGCUGCGUGGUGGAGAACCCCAUCAGCCAGGUCCGCAGCCUGCCUGUCAAGAUCACCGUGUACAGAAGAAGCUCCCUCUACAUCAUCUUGUCGACAGGUGGCAUCUUCCUCCUUGUGACACUGGUGACAGUCUGUGCUUGCUGGAAACCCUCCAAAAAGUCGAGGAAGAAGAGAAAGCUGGAGAAGCAAAACUCCCUAGAAUACAUGGAUCAGAAUGAUGACCGUCUGAAACCAGAAGCAGACACCCUCCCACGAAGCGGGGAACAGGACCGGAAGAACCCCAUGGCACUCUAUGUUCUGAAGGACAAGGACUCCCCAGAGUCCGAGGAGAACCCCGCUCCGGAGCCUAGGAGCACGUCGGAGCCCGGCCCUCCCGGCUACUCCGUGUCUCCGCCCGUGCCCGGCCGCUCGCCGGGGCUGCCCAUCCGCUCCGCCCGCCGCUACCCGCGCUCCCCGGUGCGCUCCCCCGCCACCGCCCGGACGCACUCGUCGCCGCCGCGGGCUCCCAGCUCGCCCGGCCGCUCGCGCAGCGCCUCGCGCACACUGCGGACUGCGGGUGUGCACAUAAUCCGCGAGCAAGACGAGGCUGGCUCGGUGGAGAUCAGCGCCUGAUACCCGCUCCAGAGAUACCCCUCCGGCACCCACGUGUGGAGCUGGCGGCCGGGAGGGCCAGGAAGUCGGGGUGCUACCGGCGAAGGGUGAGGGGGGUCAGGGCUGGGACGCAGGUGACUGGGGUGCAGACGUGUGUGAGCAAGAGCGGAUGGGGGCGUUGCCUCGGCAAGGGAGCAAUUUGAUCUGGCGGUGGAACCAGGUUACCUUUGCUCUGGGUUUACCGGCUGUGCUCUCAGUGGGUAUUGGGUUGUGCGCUCUUAGGACCGUAUAGAUUAUUACAUUUCCGGCUCAACCUCUAAAAGGGUCUCACGGAAACUAACAUCAGUAACCUAACCCCCCACCCCACCCCAUGACUAUCCUGUGCUCUUCCUAGGGAGUCCUUAUGCUUCCCACCCGCUUUCCUUUCACCCCAACCAUCACCCAAUUCCGUCAGCCUCUCCCCACAUACACCAUAUUAGGGAGGCCCCUUGUCCAAAACAUACAAAGGCGCUUCACUAAGGAAAAGCCAGUCAGGCGCCGGUUACUGGGGUACACAGGCUCUGCUGAGCACCAAGGAACUUUUGUGAACGCUGCAGCUUGGAGCACCUUCUCCAGACCCUGGGUGCUGGGUCUUACAAGGUGGUGAGGGAGGAGCCCAGGCACAUUCCUUGGCCCCCCGACCUGGGCCUGCCAAUGCAAAGCCUUCAGCCUCUGUGCUUGGCCUUUCCCCAAAGCCUCUCUCGGCGGCAGCGGUGGCGGUGGCGGCAGCAUGCCAUGCCAAGCAUUCUUUGUCUCUGUUGGUGAAAAGAAGAAACGGGUGGGCUUACUUUUUUACAUAAGUGGGUGCCCACUCUCCCCCCUCACCCAGAAAGCUAAAUCAGAUGAGUCUCACAUUUGUGCCUUCUACCCUGCUUCCUUACAAAACAAGCCUUUCAAACAAUCACUCUCCUAGGGACAGUUAUAGAGUUUCCUCCAGCAGAAGGAAGUAAGAUUCUAAUCUAGGAGGAGGCUUAGUGCUCCCCAGUGUGUCAAGGCAACAAUGCCCACCUAUUCCUGGACCCUCAGAUCCCAGGGCACUGGACAGGGCAGACUCCCUAAUGAUACUAAUGCAAAAUACUAAGAGGCUGGGCCAUGCUCAGGCCACCACCUCUUUUUGAACAGUUUGGAGGAAGAAAGAGAAAGAGGCGUUGGGUGUUUGGGUGUGCCCUCCCUAGUGUCCUCAGAGGAUCCUGCCUGCCUGGUCCCUCCUCAACUCCUGAUCUUCAAUUCUGACUUUCCCAGGAGCAAGUCCCAAAGCCGCAAGAUCCACAACCUCCACACAGGGGCACACUGUGCCCCAGCCCCCAGGACACAAAGAUUUCUCAUUUUGCCCCCUGCCUUCAUCUCCACAGCUCCCCUCUCACUGUGUGUCCCUGUGCACUUCGGCAGGCCCACUUGAGCAGUGUCUGCAGCUCCCCCAGGUAGCCUGGACUGCUCCCUUAGCCUUCCUGGGUGCUGUACCCAGGGUGGGGAAGGCUGCUCAGGCAAAUGUGAGAGAUGCAAGACUUGGAGAAGGGGUGCCUGCUGGUCAGCCUGAGACACAGAGGUGAAAAUAGCGGUGAUGAGCGUGUGCCAUGCCCUGCUCCUGAAUCCCUGAGCAGCCAUCUUCCCAGGCUCAAGCCAAACCUGCCUUAAAUUGGGGGGUCGGGUGGGGAGUAAGGGCGUGGUUUUCGGUUUUGUUUUGAUCUUCAUCUUUGUAUUACUAGCAUCUAGCAAAGUGCCUAGCACAUACUGGAUGCUCAAUAAAGUUUUGAUGAAAUGAAAA